GCAUAGUAAGAUUUUGGAUGUUUCAGGUUGACAUUACUUGCUGAUUUGGAUUCUUUUCUCGGGUUCUCUCUUCAAAGCAACAAUGGUAUCGGCGAACAGAGAAAUGGCUGUCUACUGUUUCGACACUUUGGUCUCUCACUACAACAAUGAAGAGACUCCACCACCUGCCUUUGAAGAGGCCAAUCAUCCAUUGUUUGUUACCUGGAAGAAAAUAGUGAAUGGUGGAGAGCCUCGAUUGCGUGGAUGUAUUGGUACACUGGAAGCACGCCGCUUGAUCAGUGGCUUUAAGGAUUAUGCCUUGACUAGUGCCUUAAGGGAUCGUAGGUUCCCACCUAUACAGGCCAAAGAAUUGCCAUCUCUGCAAUGUACUGUGUCUGUCUUGACUGAUUAUGAAGAUGCAGAAGAUUACCUUGAUUGGGAGGUCGGUAAGCAUGGUAUAAUCAUUGAGUUUACUGAACCUGAGACUAAUACAAAGCGAAGCGCCACAUAUUUGCCUGAGGUGCCAGCUCAUGAAGGCUGGACAAAGAUAGAGGCAAUUGAUUCGCUGGUGCGUAAAGCAGGAUACAAUGGUGUUAUAACAGAAGCAGUGCGCAGGCGAAUCAAUCUAACGCGUUACCAGAGUACAUUAUUCAGCAUGCAUUAUAGCGAAUACCUUUCAUAUGUGAAGGCGACAAGGGGUGUUGGCCCGGGUAUUAAUGGGAUCAACAAGCCCGCCUUUGCCUGAUUUGCACCAAUAACCGCAGCAAAUGGAUGCCAUUGAUUAUGUUUGGCUACCUCCUAAUUUAUCCUCUAUCUAUGAUUCCAAAAUUGUCUGGCUCUCAUAAAAGAAACGAGACUUCGACUU